GUUCCCAAUCUCAUUCAUAUCUUCACUUGCACACAAGAACUACCAGAGAAGUUACCUACCUAGAGAUCAAAGACACACAACCAGUCACCCCCUUCAAGGCUUCAAGGCUUCUUCAGCAAUCAACACCACCCUUUGAUCAUCAAGUUAAGCUUACUGUCAUCUCAUUCAUUAGCUAUGGUGAAGACAGAGCAGAUGAUUCAGCUGGCUUCUGAGACCCCAUUGAAACCAGUAAUGCCUUCGUUGAAAACAACAUCGAGGGACAAGAAGAAGAAGUACAAGGGAGUGAGGAUGAGGAGCUGGGGCUCCUGGGUCUCGGAGAUUAGAGCCCCAAACCAGAAGACAAGAAUAUGGCUAGGCUCAUACUCAACAGCAGAAGCAGCAGCCAGAGCCUAUGAUGCUGCUCUCUUGUGCCUCAAAGGCUCCUCGGCCAAUCUCAACUUCCCAAGCAGUGCAUCCUCACAGUUUAUUCCUCAUGAAAAUACCAUUAUGUGCCCCAAGGCCAUUCAGAGAGCAGCUGCAGCUGCUGCUAAUAGCUUCAAUCAUGACAAUGCCACCACCACCACAGCCUUAUCUCCGCCAUCACCGCCUCCUAAUGACGUCUCUUCUUCCUCUUCAUCACUGGUCUCAUCCCCAUCAAUGUCAUCAUCCUCGCCAUCGAUUAAUCUCGUUGAUGAUGACAUGUCCUCACUGAUGGGCUCAUUUGGGUCCUAUACUCCUGCCACUUAUGAUCAUAAUCCACAGGCAGACUAUGAAGCACCAAUGUGCACCAUGGAAUCAUGGAACAACUUUGAUGAUUUAUUCACUGGUGCCUUGUUGGAUCCACCUAUGAAUUAUGACUUUUAUGAAGAAAGCGAUAUUCGCUUGUGGAGCUUCUGCUGAGGCCUGAGACAAAUCAUCCAACAGUUGGAGAGCAACAUCAUAUUCUUUUAAUCCAAUUCAUAUUCAUUCAAUCAUCUUCAGGAAAUUACUUGAAGAUAUUACUGACAGUGACCCAAAUUCUUUUACAUUCCAAAUGAUAGGUGAAGAAAUUCACAUGGAGAUGAAGAGACAUCUUUUUGGACUCUCUAUCUCAUGUGAGUUUCUAGAAUUAUUGAUAUGUAUUGUUAAAUGCAAAAGUGUGUAAUAUUAUGCAAUGUUAUUAAUAUAUGGUCUUACAUUGUAAUUGAAUAAGAGAAAUGGGGAAUUUUUUCUUUUCA